AUGAGGCUGAUAUGGAAGUCCGUGGACAAGAUGAGGUGUUUCAGGAAGAGGUCAAUGUUCCCGUUUCUUGGCUUCCUCAUCACCUUUCUGCUAUUUUUUAACCUUUACAUGGAUGGUGGAUAUGUGCUGGAGGCUGAAAAAAGACGGCUGGGGGAGACACUGAUGCAUCCUGCAAACUCUGAAAGAUAUGUCCACACAUUCAGAGACUUAUCCAACUUCUCUGGGACCAUUAAUGUGACUUAUCGCUAUCUUGCAGGGACUCCUCUGCCACGGAAAAAGUAUCUUACCAUUGGUUUGUCAUCUGUCAAGAGGAAAAAGGGGAAUUAUCUUCUUGAGACCAUCAAAUCCAUCUUUGAUCAGUCCAGUUACGAGGAACUGAAAGAGAUAGUGGUUGUGGUCCACCUGGCCGACUUUGACCUGGCCUGGUGUGAAAACCUGGUGCAGGAAAUCACCAGGAAGUUUGCUCACCACAUCAUAUCCGGACGCCUCCUGGUGAUCCAGGCACUAGAGGAAUAUUACCCAUCGCUGGAUGGAUUGAAAAGGAACUAUAACGACCCGGAGGACCGUGUCCGUUUCCGCUCGAAGCAGAACGUCGACUACGCGUUCCUCCUCAACUUCUGCACAAACCUUUCUGACUUCUACAUGAUGUUAGAGGACGACGUGCGAUGCUCCAGGAACUUCCUGACAGCCCUGAAGAAGGUGAUCACUUCCAGAGAAGGCUCCUACUGGGUGAUGCUGGAGUUUUCCAAGCUGGGCUACAUCGGGAAACUGUACCACUCCAGAGACCUCCCACGUCUGGCUCAUUUCCUGCUCAUGUUCUACCAGGAGAUGCCCUGUGACUGGCUCCUCAUCCACUUCAGGGGUCUGCUGGCCCAGAAGGACGUGAUCCGGUUCAAGCCCUCGCUUUUCCAACACAUGGGCUACUACUCAUCUUACAAAGGAGCGGAAAACAAACUGAAGGACGAUGACUUUGAGGAAGACUCCAUAGACAUUCCUGACAACCCCCCUGCCAGCCUUUACACAAACAUCAACGUCUUUGAAAACUAUGACGCAACCAAGGCUUACAGUAGUAUUGUUGAUGAGUAUUUUUGGGGGAAACCUCCCUGCACCGGAGAUUUCUUUCUCAUAAUCUUUAAUAAAUCAACUAAAAUCAGCAGAAUUAAGAUAGUUACAGGUACAGAGGAUCGGCAGAAUGACAUUCUUCAUCAUGGAGCUCUGGAAGUGGGACAAAAGUCUGUGGAAAAUAAACAGGGAAGACAGUGUUCAUCAUACAUCACAUUAGGGGAGUUUAAAGGUGGAAACAUUGAGGUUAACAAUGUGUACCACAAGAUCGGCUUUGACAUUGAGUGUGUGCGAAUAGUAAUUACUGCCAAUCAGAAAGAGUGGCUCAUCAUAAGGACUAUCAGCUUAUGGACGACGCAGCCUUUGAGUCAGUUAAAGAAGUAA